UUUCAACACUCCGGUGAUUCUACUGCUUGCGUUGAUUUGAGCUUCGAUCGUCGGAAUUAUUUGAUAAGAUGUCUUUUACUACCGCUAUCCAGCGAAGCCUCAAGGGCCCUUCGCCAGCAUUCGGCUUCUGGCUCACUCUCCCCAGUGCUGCUGUUGCUAAGACUAUUCUUCACGGUGCCUCCGGAUCUUCAACAAAGUUCAGCUGGGUUCUGGUUGAUGCAGAGCACGGUUUGAUUUCCGACACCAAUUAUUAUGAGCUCAACAAUGCUGUUGGUUCUGAAGACGCCAGCCCCGUCGUUCGGGUUCCCUGUGCGGAGGAAUGGAUGAUCAAGCGCGCGCUUGAUGCUGGAGCUCACGGUAUUAUGACACCCAUGUGCCACUCGGAGGUUGAUGCUGCCAAGAUCGUUAGCUGGUGCAAGUACCCGCCUCUCGGAACCCGUGGCUACGGCCCCAUGUUCGCCCCUCACUCUUUCCCCGGAGUCAACCCCGGCCCCGAGUACGACGAGGGCUCCCAGCAGGGUGUGACCGUGACCGUGCAAAUCGAGUCGCGUCCCGGUGUUGAGAACGUCGAGAAGAUUGCCGCCACACCGGGGAUCGACGUCCUCUUUAUCGGACCUUUCGAUCUCUCUAAGCAGAUGGGUGUUACUCGCGGUGGCGAGGAGCACGAGGCUGCUAUCCAGCGUAUUUUGGCUGCUGCUCAUGCGAAUGGCAAGAAGGCUGCGAUCUUCUGUACCGAUGGAAAUGAUGCUCGCAUGCGUGCCGAGCAAGGAUUCGAUAUGAUUUCCGUUAACACCGACGUUGGUGUUAUCCGGGCGGGUAUGUUGAACGAGUUGAAAACGGCCAAUGGAGAGACCGUCAAGGGUGGCUCGCGUGAGGGUUACUAG